AUGCCCAUUCGCUGCAGAGAAGAUGGACAGAAACAGCUUCUCAAAACAAACGAUGAAGCCCCCAAUCCCCAGGUGCCACAGUGGAUGGCACUGAUUGAUUUCUGGGACACCUGGAACACAGGCGAAUGGGCUAAUUUGUAUCCUGAAUGCACUGAACAAAGCCUGAGGAAUGAACUGAACGAUGUUUGGCACAAAGUGCGCAGGUGCUUCUGGGGAUUUGAGUUGCCCUUGUCUUGGGUAUCACAGUGGGCCGUUGAUGGCCAAAUGCAAAUGGAUUGGACCAAUUCACACGGCGAAAGCGUAUCACAUGGUGUGAUGACACUCCACCAUUCCCUCAGACAACCGAGCACAGUAACCCACGGCCAGAAUGAACGAAAGAAUUCAGUACGGUCGUCGCCCAUUCCAGGCGUUUUCCGUCGCGACGAUCAGUUCCUCCACCCGCCCUCCAGCAGCGCCUCUCCCACGCAUUCAGCCGGCGCCCGGAAACUCGCAUCCGCUAUCCCGGCUUCAGAAUGCCGGCAAUCCGUCCGCCCCAAUCAGCAAGCACGCCUCCCAUUUUCCCUGUCUCGCACGGGCAUUUCAACACCCUAA